CAAUGUUGGGGUCCUCCGAGACUUAUUUAGAACAUUUGGGUUGCUGAAAUUAACUCUGUUGGUUAAAAAAAAGUGGUUUCAUAGAUUAACCGACUCGAAUUGCGACUAAUGCGUAUUACCGUGGGAAACUGAAAAGCGAGUUUCAUCUCUAUACUGUUGACUGUUUUCCAGCUGCAAUGACUGUAGUAAUUGGGUUUGAAGGCAGUGCCAAUAAGAUUGGUAUAGGAAUCAUUAGAGAUGGUGAAGUUCUUUCCAAUCCUCGACGAACUUACAUCACUCCCCCAGGUCAAGGAUUCAUGCCGAGCGACACAGCCAGGCAUCACCGUGCUGUCAUACUGACUGUCCUGAAGGAGGCUCUGGAUCAAGCUGGGCUAAAGCCUGAAGACAUUGAUUGUGUGGCUUACACCAAAGGUCCUGGUAUGGGUGCCCCCUUAGUAACGACGGCUCUGGUGGCUCGUACAGUUGCACAGCUUUGGGGAAAGCCGCUCCUUGGUGUGAACCACUGUAUCGGACAUAUAGAGAUGGGUCGACUCAUCACCAAAGCCAACAACCCCACUGUGCUGUAUGUUAGUGGGGGGAACACACAGGUUAUUGCAUACUCGGAGCGACGGUAUAGAAUAUUUGGGGAGACCAUUGACAUUGCAGUUGGGAACUGUUUGGAUAGGUUUGCCAGAGUUAUAAAGAUUUCCAAUGACCCCAGUCCAGGUUACAACAUAGAGCAGAUGGCCAAGAAAGGGAGUCAGUAUGUGGAGUUGCCAUAUACAGUUAAAGGAAUGGAUGUCUCAUUUUCUGGGAUUUUAUCCUACAUUGAGGAGGCUGCUCAUAAGAUGCUGAGCUCUGGUCAGUGUACAGCAGAGGACCUGUGUUUCUCACUUCAGGAGACAUUAUUCUCCAUGCUGGUCGAGAUCACAGAGAGGGCGAUGGCUCACUGCGGCUCCCAGGAGGUCCUCAUCGUUGGGGGUGUUGGCUGUAACCUGAGGCUACAGGAGAUGAUGGAGGUGAUGUGUAAGGAGAGAGGAGCCAAGCUGUUUGCCACAGAUGAACGUUUCUGCAUUGACAAUGGUGCCAUGAUUGCUCAAGCUGGUUGGGAGAUGUUCAGAUCUGGUCAGGUGACACAACUGGAGGAAUCAUGGAUUACACAAAGGUUGAUCCCAUUUUAUUGUGUGUUUUUUUUUCACAAACACUACAACAAG